AUGUCCUCCGCCGCUCAUGCCUCUGGUCUCUUUUCUACCCUCCCUAAAACAUUCAUUGUCACUGCAUCCCCAACUCCAAAUCAAGUUCUGAAGGGAGGAGAGGACAAAAUUAAGAUCACUUGGGGAUUGAACAAGAGCCUACCUGUUGGGGUAGACGACAAGUACAACGACAUCAAGGUGAAGUUGUGCUACGCACCGGUGAGCCAGGAGGACCGGCCAUGGAGGAAGACCGAGGACCAUCUCAACAAAGACCAGACCUGCCAAUUCAAAAUCUUGGCCAAGCCUUACGCAAUGAACGACAACGUCGACUGGACAGUGGAGAGGGACACCCCGACGGCCACGUACUUUGUGCGUGUCUACGCUUACGACACUGAAGGUGCAGAAGUCGGGUACGGGGAGACCACAGAUGCGAAAAAGGCCACAAAUUUGUUCCAGGUGGAAGCAAUCAGUGGCCGCCACGCCACCUUCGAUAUCAUCUCCAUAUGUUUCAGUGCCUUCUCAGCUUUCUUGCUCUUUAUCUUCUUCUAUAACGAAAAGAGAAAGGGGAGGGAUGAAUAG